AUGCACUGGUCUUCAGCUUGGGUCAAGUCACAUUUUACAGCUGAUCUGAAGACGACUCAGUUAAGUGAGUCUUUCAAUGCUUUUCUUCGUGGAUUUUUGCAGCCAGACAAUUCACUUGUUCAAUUCUUUAGUCAUUUCAACGUUAUGGUUCAGAGGAUGAGGGAUAAUCAUGCUGAUUUGGACUUCAAGGCUGCUAACACUAGAACAAGAAAUAAUUACCCCAACAGUCAACUGAUGCGGUCCGUUGUAAAGAAGUACACACCAGCUUCUUUUGCAUUUAUCCACAGGCAAUAUGACCUUUCCUUCAAAUACUAUUAUCAGGAGGACACAUCAAAAGGGUCUGAGUUAAAUAAGUUUUUCAAAGUGUUCACAAUUGAAAAGGUUGAUGAUCCUGAUGAAGUAGAUGAUCAUAAUGAUGAUGAUGCUUGGUGUUACAAUGCUCAUAAUGAUAAUGGUGGGGCUUCAAAUUCUGAUGAAUUUCAAGAAAUUAUCCCGAGUUUUGAAGAUCUUGAUCGACUUGAUGAGAGGGUUGUCACAGUUGACAUUAGGAGCAAAAGUUUUAGUUGCACAUGUCGUAUGUUUGAGAACAGGGGAUUCUUAUGUCGACAUGUUUUCAAAAUCUUGGAGUUCUUGGGUGGUUCUGUGCAAUAUCAUUGUUUGAAGACAAUACCUGCACAAUAUAUUUUGAAGCGUUGGACUAGAGAUGUGCGUCCGUCUGUCGAUAAGCUGAAAUCUUCCAUCACUGUUGGCACUGAAGACACCACCCAAGCACAACGAUAUCAACAAAUUUGUGCUGUUACAGUUCAGCUUUCUACGCGUGUUUGUGAAGAUGAGGAGGCUUCUCAAAUUUUUCUUGAUGGUGUUCUUGAAGCUGGGAAAAAGGCAGAGGAGUUACUUUUUUCUAAAGGUAUCGGUACAAACCCGUCGUCAGUGACGCCAUCUAAGUCUUCAAAAGCAAUUGUUGUUGUUGGUGAACCAUCUUCCGGGAAGUCCACUGCACCAAAGUUCAAAGAAAGACCAAAUCCAAUUAAGUCAAAGAAACGACUUAAAAGUGAUUAUGAAAAAGCUAGAGAAAGACAAAAAUUCAUUAUGGAACGGAAGAAACAAAAGAGAGAAGAUGAGGAAGCUUUAAAGAAAAAAAGUGCAGCAGGAGAAAUGCAAGAGCAGCAGUAAUGUUCCUGACUUCCAAGGUUCUAAGAAUUUCAGGGUUGCAAGCAGAGGUUGAUGCCAUCGUCUCAUUCCCUUUUGUGGAGCAAAGAUUGUUUUCACUCUACAAAUGUCAAGAUUAAGCUUGCAUUUGUAUGUCUAUUUGAGCUUUAAAAUCAAACUUGUAAAGGAUGUGAGACAUGGUUGUGUAUUUUUUGAUAAUUCAUU